AAUUUUUCUUUGUGUGGUAGCGACCGGCGGCUUCCAUCUUGAAAGACCACCCCCGGCCCCCGGCUCCGAAAGACAAAUUUAUUGUUGUCCGCGUCCACGUUGAGCCGAUCGGUUUUGGCGUCGGUACGCUUUGAAGAUUUUCAAGCGCUCAAGCGUAAGUCAGCCGCGAUAUAACAAGCAAUCGAGAAUAGAAAAAUGCAGGGCACCAUAAUCGAAAACCUGAGCGGCAAGAAGCUCUUGGUUCUGGUGAUACUUUUGAUAAUCGCACAAAUUGUUUGUUUUCUAAUAGGCGGCUUAAUCGCACCUACACCUGCUAGUAGCCAGAAUAUUCUUGGCACAGCAUGCAAAGAUAUUAGUGUUAAUGGAUCUGAUCAAAAUAAAUGGUUUUACUCAAGAGGAAAGGGUUCUUGUACCCCAGUUGAUAUGCAUGAUUUUAGUUUUGACAAUCACCAGCGACCAUACCAAGUUGUGUUUACAUUUCAGAUGCCUGUACCUCGGAACAAUAAGCAGCUUGAUUACUCGAGAUGGCAGCAAAAUUUAAUAGGAGUAUUACAAGUGGAUAUAUUGUAUAACAGCCAGAUUCAAAUCGCCUCUAGGACGAAAAUAGCAUUGGAUGCACGAUUAGCCUAUCGAAAUAAGAAUGAUCCAGAAGAUAUAUGGAAACCAUAUGCUGCUUCUGUUGUGGAGAGAAUUUUAGAUUGCAGCAUAGAAAAGCCAUUGGAAGACUAUAAUUACAAUUGUAGUGUCAUGCCAUUGUUUGAAUUGGGAUCUUUAUACCAUGAUUACUACUUGUUAAAUAUUCGUCUUCCUUCUGACACUGGCCAGAACCAGGGAUUGGGACAUAUUGUUGAUUUAUGGCUUACAGCUAUAAAUCAAAACGGUGGAUUCACAAUAGUGUGGGUGAGUCUAAAGACCGUUUACUUCCCUAUAGUGUUAGCUGUUUUGACUUGGUAUUGGAGAAGAGUGUACAUGCUAUCCAGAUCGCCCGCACUUUUGGAAUAUAUGCUCUUAGCUUUGGGUUCUGCCUUAACAUUUUUAAAUAUGCCUUUGGAAUACUUGACACUUGCUUAUGAUAUGCCAUAUAUGCUAUUGCUGGGUGAUAUUCGACAAGGAGUAUUUUAUGCGACAUUGUUAUCAUUCUGGCUUGUGUUUGCUGGUGAACAUUUAAUGAUUCAGGAGGGUGAACAAAGCAAUUCAUUAAAAUGUUAUUGGCGGCAUCUUUCUGCAGUAGGUACCGGAUGUCUCUCACUAUUUAUAUUUGAUAUGUGUGAACGUGGUGUACAAUUGAGAAAUCCAUUCUACUCAAUUUGGGUUACCGAUAUUGGUACGAAAUUGGCACUAUCUUUUAUUAUCUUGGCUGGUAUAUCAGCCGGAAUAUACUUGCUGUUCUUGUCUUAUAUGAUAUGGAAAGUAUUUAUGAACAUUAGCGCGAAAAGGGCUGUUUUACCCAGCAUGAGUUCGGCACGACGUCUGCAUUACGAAGGAGUUAUAUACCGUUUCAAAUUCUUAAUGAUUGCCACAUUAUUAUGCGCGUCAUUAACUGUUGUUGGCUUUAUAUUAGGACAGGUUGCAGAAGGUCAAUGGAAAUGGGACGAAGAAUUACAGUUAGAAAUGACUUCUGCCUUUUUUACUGGUGUAUAUGGUAUGUGGAACAUUUAUAUCAUUGCAUUAUUAUGUCUCUACGCUCCUUCUCAUAAGCAAUGGCCAAUUGAACCAUCUGAGAACAGUAUUAGCGAGGAAAUCGAAUUUUCUCCCUUGCCAACUGAUCCUAAUGAAAUGCUGUCUCUAACUGCGUUUGCACGAAAAACAGCAGUAGAAUAAAGUACAUACUUUUAUUUAUAUACAUUUGUAAGAAGCAGGAGGAGACGGCAAAUUCUUAUAUUUAAUGUACUUAAUUGUUACAAUUAGAAUUUAUAAAUAGAAUUGUAUUAGAUUUUUCACUAUUUAUUAGGAACACAAUGACUGAUAAUACUUUUAUGAUGACAAUUUUAUAUGCCAAAUUCGAUUAUUUAUUGCUUCCAAUGUUUUUUGUAUGUUAUAUACAUAUUUAUAGUAUUAUCUAUGAUAAGCAAAAAUAUACAUAAGUCAUUUCAUCUUUGUACUUGUUAGUAUGUCAUAAGCACAAGUUCUAGAAUGAAUAUGAUCUGCUUUUAUAUAUUAUUUAUAAAAACAUUAGCAUAAUGCACACAACAUGUGUAUAUGUGUAUUAAGUUGAAACACAAACUGAUGUUUAACAAUUAAAAUCGUGCACUUAAAAAUAUGAUAUUAGAAAAGUCAUGAGUAUAAAAACCGUAAUGUACAUAAAUUAUGUUUUAUUUUCAUAUGCUUUCUAUAACAUGAAAUUAUUGUUAUAUGAAUAUUUUUUACAUUUUUAGAAUACUUAAAUUUUUGGUGAAAAUAGUGGAUAAAUGACAAUCAAAAGCUUUUGAAUCAAAUAUUUUAUAUGCUGAUGCAAUGAAAUGACUUUAUGUAAUAAACAGCAGCUAUUAAAGCUUAAGAUUGAAAUGAAAGGCUUUGCGAGUCACAAAGAACAAGACGUAACUGAUAUAAUAUAUAAUUUAUAUAUAAUUUAUAUAUUUAUAUAGUUAUAUAUAAAUAAAUUAUAUAUAUUCCUGUAUACUUCACAUGUAGAUUAUCAUGGAGAAUUAGUUUUUACAGAGCUUAUACUGAUAGGUAAGACAUAUUUCGUCUGUUAAUGAAGUCCCAAUGUUGAAAAAAAGUUAAAAAAUUUUUCUUUGGCAUAUGUUUUAUUCUAAUUUAUAAAAUUUUCUUAUAUCACAUGCUUUCAUAUAUUUUAUACGAGCAAAAGAACAAGAGUUAUGAUAGCAUUACUGCAAUAAUCUAAUAUCGUUUUUUUGAUAGUAAUACAUAACUUAUUUAUUAAUAUGAGAUCUAUGACUUUUGCAUAUUUAAAGAGUUAACUAUUCACAAUAUUUCAAAAUAUUUCAGCAUUCCAUUUCGAUCUUAUAGGACGUUACAAAUAUUAAAUGUUUGUAUAAGUGAUUUGUUGCAGUUAAUCAGUAAUGUAACAAAAUAGACGUAGAUGAUAUAUUUAUCUUAAAAAUUCGAAAGUAUAUUAUCACUUAUCAUACAUUAUGUAUAAGACAUGAAGAAAAGAAUGUAAUCUUUGCUUCAACUCAAAUUAUAAAAGCCUCAUAUUAUAUCUUAUUAUAUUAUACAUAUCAUUAUUAGGCAUUCAUCUUUAUCAUUUGUAAUACAAUGCAUUUCAAUCAUGAUUAAGAGUAUUAAAAGUUAGUAUUUAUUAUUUUUUUAUUAUGUUAUGUGUGUAUGUGCAUAAUAUAACACAUGUUAUACAUAAUAUACAUGUUAAAAGCAAAAAUUUCGUACAAAUAGUACGAAAUGUGCCAAUUUACUUAAAUCUACUGUUUAAUAAUAUUAAUUUUCUAUUGCGUAUAAUAUUAUAUACAUAAAGCAAGUUCUUCGUUUAUAUGCACUAUAAAAAACUGGGUCUCACACGAAUCUAUAGCCAAAUAUAAAUCAAAAAUUGUUUGAUAAUACUUUACAAAUGAUUGUAUGUAUUUACUGAGACGCUCUUAAUAGUAGUACUUAUGAAGAAGUAGUAACCACACAAAAUAGCAUUUAUAAAUAAUGUGCAAUAGUUUUUCUAUAUAUCAACUUAAUGUUAAUGCAUAUUAGUCAUUUAAAUUGUGUAGUAGUAUUUAAACUAAGCAUACAAGUACAGUUUAUGAAAUAUUGCUUUUAUAAAUAAUAAGUUUAAAUUGUUACAUAUGAGAGUAGCAAUCCACUGGUUAAUCUCCAAGGCCUUUUAAUGAUUUUAUUAAACAAUUAACAUUUGUUUUAUUAUCAUGAUCUCUACGAAACGUGCUAUGUGUUGUAUCGAAAAUAAUUGUAUUUAUAAGCGAAACGUAUUAUGACAUUAUACAUAAUUACUUUACAUUGCGACCAAUAUUUUAUAUUUUAAUCAUUUUUAUACUAUAUUAUAAUCA